CUCUCAUUCAGUUGUUUUCCGACCGAGCAACUUGAAGGUUGUAAAAUGAGAUCUCUGUGCUUUGUCUUGCUGAUCGUUUGGUUUUCAUGCCAAAAUGGAGCUAGUGCUAAGGUAUCCUGCAAGGAUGAGUCUGGAAACGAUGUGGAUUGGUGGCACCUUUACAAGUUGCCCAAGCACUACCAGCACAAUGACUUGGGCAAGGACACCAGUGGCCUGAAGUAUCUGUACGUAACAAGCCAGAGCUACGACACCUGGCAAAUGUCCGGGAAGUUCAUCAGUGACCCCUUGUCCCUGCCAGCCCAGACCCUGAAUCCCCUGAAUGCCGAUCCCACCCACACUCUGCUAGCCGCCUACAACGAUCAGCUGCCGAAUGGAACUGUCUUCAGCACUGGAGGUCAUGCCAAGGGAGUUGUGGCCAGUGAUGGUGUGACUGCGAUUUGGAUUGUUCACUCGGUGCCCAAGUACCCCACUGUACCCGACUACACCUAUCCCACUUCCGGCGAGCAAUACGCCCAGAGUAUGCUCUGCAUUACGCUCAAGGCCGAGGAUCUGGAGAAGGUCGGUCAGGUGUUGGUCUACAACGAACCGCACUUCUAUUACGAAAGAAAUCCCCUGGUCAGUCGGUCGGAUGAACUAUUUCCGAGCUUGGAGAGGGCCCUACAUGGCCAAUGGCGUACGGAAUCGCCGUUCCAGAAGGAGGUGGAACUGCGCACUUUGGAUGGCAAGAAGUUCCGAUUGUUCGGAAAGAGUGGACGUGCCAAUGUGGAGCUAUAUGCCGAUGUGGUGGCCCCUGCUCUGGAUGUCAGUCUGUUUGUGGAGGCGUGGCGCGAUGGAACCGGCAAUUUGCCCAAUAGCUGCGAUAAAUCCGAUAAGGUCCUUAAUGUGGAGGCUAUAUCCAGUCCGGAGCUAUCUGUGGACUUCCGGACCACCCAAGAUCAUUCCAAGUGGGCAGUUUCUCGUCCCACGGGUGUACUGAUCUACCAUUGGCGCGUUGGAGGUGGCGAUUGGAUAUGCGUGGGCGACAUCAACCGCCAGCAGGGUCAGUUGCAACGAGGAGGUGGAACUGUUUGCCACAAGAGCUCGAGGGUCUCCAACUUGUACCGCCAGCUAGUCGCCAAUUUCGACAAGUGUGCCGAAGUGCAGUAAAAUUCCGGUCUUUUUCUUGAUUUCGCAAAAUAAAUAAUUUGUUUAAAUACUAUAAAAAAUAAAUAA